CAGUGUCGCACAGCAAUAAUGACGUAAUUUCCUCCUGUUAGCACAACAAGGGAAAGCUAAAUUCUUAGCCUCGAAAAUGAGUUUGUUUUUGCCUAAAUUAACGUGCAAAAAAGACAUAGAUGAAGUUAUCAAAUGCGUAGCAGAGAAAGUCGUAGUUUUGAGGUUUGGGAGAGACGAAGACUCGAUUUGUCUCCAGCUCGAUGAGAUUCUGUCCAAAACUGCACAUGGCCUAAGCAACAUGGCGUCCAUCUACAUUGUUGAUGUGGAUAAAGCUCCCGUCUACACAAGAUAUUUUGACAUCAGUUACAUCCCCUCCACUGUUUUCUUUUUCAACGGACAGCACAUGAAAGUGGAUUAUGGCUCUCCAGAUCACACCAAGUUUGUCGGCAGCUUUAAGACCAAACAAGAUUUCAUGGAUCUGAUUGAAGUCAUAUACAGAGGAGCCAUGCGUGGGAAGAUGAUUGUCCAGAGUCCCAUAGAUCCACAAAAUAUUCCCAAAUAUGAUCUCCUCUACCAUGGGAUUUAAAAUCAACUCCUCCACUUUGCGGCCUUAUUUCUUUCUGAGUGGCAUCAACCACGUCUGGUUGAUUGACUGAAAAAAAAAUAGCUUUACCUUUCAAGCCACCAUCUGAAGAAGGUUUGAUAUUAAAGCGUCUCAUGUUCAUUUUCAUAUAGAUGGCAAAUGACAAAGUACAUUGCUCUGUAUUCCUUUUCCUCUUGCUAUGUUUAAAGAUUCCCUUUGUAGGUUUUUUCUUAAUGAUCUUAACGCUAUAGAGUGAUGUUUUUAUGUGUGGUUGCCAGUUUUGUUUGCUCUAAUGCACGUGUCCUGCACACAUUCCCGCCGGUUUCACUAUCAACAGGUAACAUUUAAAAAAAAACACACUAAUGUGAAGUCACUGUGACACAGUGGAUAAGAAGACUUCAAGGCAGUAAACAUGGAUGUAAACAAAACAGGUUUCAAACUUUUAAGAAAAAGUUAAGAAAAUGCAUUAAAUAUGUUUGUUAGACCUAAAAAAUACACACAAUUAGUCUUGGUAAUGAACACAGACUGUAAACACAAACAUUUGUUUGUUUACAAGAAAACUCCAAUGGGCAUUUUUUUUUUUUUUGUAAAUACAGUUACUACCAAUACCAUAAGCUGUUUACAAACAUGGACUAUGCAUCUCCACUUCCUCCCACUGUACAAAAGUGAAGCCAAAAUAUUCCAGACACGGGCGCUGGCAUCUUGUACUUUUUGGAGCCAGAGGCAGCGCAGUAGUGAUCGGGCGGUGAAGCCACGUUAUCAACAUCCCGCCCGACCAAUUGCAAGUCAAUCAUGACGUUUCACCCUGUUUUAGCAUCAAAUAACUAAUAAAACCUAACUUAUCAGAAAAUUAAACACUUGAACAAAACAACGUCAUAAGAACUACCUAAAAUGACAGAAACAAUCUUUGGGGCAAAAAUCACUUGAUGUUUACUUUGGUUUUUUAGUUUAGCCCAUGUCCCAUCCACUAACAUGGAGGGGGUGGGGAUAUUAUGAGCUAUACUGCAGCCAGCCACCAGGGGGCGUUUGAGACAUUUGGCUUCACUUUUGGGAAUUUAAGAGUGCAGAUCUGGCCGCGUUUUUCUGUCCGAGCCCGGCCUGUGUCCGACAGAGCAGUAACUGAACCCAAACUGAGCCCGACACCGUUAAAAUCUCUUUUUUUUCCUCAUACUAAUGACCCGUUUGUUUGUGUGGAAAGCCCACUUUUAUUAAGCAACUGUAGGAAGGCAUUCGGAAAUGUCAACAAGCGCACGUUAACACACCUACAUAAUAAGCUGUUUUAAAUUUAAAAUGUUCAAUGCCUUAUCGCGCUGAUGUGACCGAGCCCGACCCAAAACUGAACAUAAUUUCUAAACAUCUGUCCGGCUCGGUUCGGGUAUCCAAUCUCUAUUGGGAAUCUGUCAAGCCGUUCAAAUUUAUAUACACUCUACGAUCAAGACAGGUUGGAAAGACUGAGAUGUAUUGACAUUUUUGACUUUUCAAGAUAUGAGUUCCCAAAGUCAAAUUUAUUAACAGCAGGACAUUUUUAUCAAUGAAAAACAAUUUGAUAUUUCCCAAAAAAUCUUUUGUCUCAUGUUUGAUAGAGACAAUGUGAGUUUUGAUAAGGUUCUGCAACUGUAUUCUGAAUUUAUUUAUUGUAAAUAUGCAGUGUCAACUUGAUGUUUCCUGUGGAAAAGAGCUGUAUAUCAUCAGAAAUAUACAAUUAAUUUAAUGUACAUGCUCUUUUUUUGUAAUAAACUUUUAUUUUAGA